GGCGCCGUCCCUUCCGGGGAGCGGGUGGCAGCCGACGCGUCCGCCGGGUGGCUUCCCUCCCCGCCCCCCGCCGCUCAGGGUGACGCGUCUCCAGUAACAGUUCCCGGGAGCCGCAGCUCCGGGCACAGCCGGCGCCGGGCGCCCCUCCGCCCGCCCCGCCGCCACCAUGAGGGCAGAGGGCCACGGCGGCCUGGAGCGCUUCCGCAGCCCGGGCAAGGGUCGAGGGCUGCGGGCCCUGCAGCCCUUCCAGGUGGGGGACUUGCUCUUCUCCUGCCCGGCCUACGCCUACGUGCUCACGGUCAACGAGCGGGGCAACCACUGCGACUACUGCUUCGCCAGGAAAGAAGGAUUGUCCAAAUGUGGAAGAUGCAAGCAGGCGUUUUACUGCGAUGUGGAGUGUCAGAAAGAAGAUUGGCCCAUGCACAAACUGGAAUGCUCUCCCAUGGUUGUUUUUGGGGAAAACUGGAAUCCCUCAGAGACUGUAAGACUCACAGCAAGGAUUCUGGCCAAACAGAAAAUCCACCCAGAGAGAACACCUUCAGAAAAAUUGUUAGCUGUGAAGGAGUUCGAGUCACAUCUGGAUAAGUUAGACAAUGAGAAGAAGGAGUUGAUUCAGAGUGACAUUGCUGGUCUCCAUCACUUCUACUCCAAGCACCUGGAAUUCCCUGACAACGACUGCCUCGUAGUGCUGUUUGCACAGGUUAACUGCAAUGGCUUCACGAUCGAAGAUGAAGAACUUUCCCAUUUGGGAUCAGCAAUAUUUCCAGAUGUGGCCUUGAUGAAUCAUAGUUGUUGCCCCAAUGUCAUUGUGACCUACAAAGGGACCCUGGCAGAAGUAAGAGCUGUGCAGGAAAUCAACCCAGGAGAAGAGGUUUUUACCAGCUACAUCGAUCUGCUAUACCCAACAGAAGACAGGAAUGACCGCUUAAGAGAUUCUUACUUCUUUAUCUGCGAGUGCCAGGAGUGCACCACCAAAGACAAGGAUAAGGCCAAGGUGGAAAUCCGGAAGCUCGACGACCCCCCAAAGGCAGAAACCGUCCGUGAUAUGGUCAGAUAUGCACGCAAUGUCAUUGAGGAGUUCCGGAGGGCCAAGCACUAUAAAUCCCCUAGUGAGCUGCUGGAGAUCUGCGAGCUCAGCCAGGAGAAGAUGAGCUCCGUGUUUGAGGACAGUAACGUGUACAUGCUGCACAUGAUGUAUCAGGCCAUGGGCGUCUGCUUGUACAUGCAGGACUGGGAAGGAGCCCUGCGAUAUGGACAGAAAAUCAUCAAGCCCUACAGUAAGCAUUACCCUCAGUACUCCCUCAACGUGGCCUCCAUGUGGCUGAAGCUGGGAAGACUGUACAUGGGUCUGGAGCACAAAGCCGCAGGAGAGAAGGCCCUGAAGAAGGCCAUUGCAAUCAUGGAAGUAGCUCACGGCAAAGACCAUCCGUAUAUUUCUGAGAUCAAACAGGAAAUUGAAAGCCACUGAAACCACGCAACAUUUUAGUUUUCAUUUAAAUACUUAGUUCAGAAACCUUGAAGAAUUUGAAUGUUUGAAAUCAUAUACAUCAAUUCGGCAUUUCUGUAAAAUAAUUGGAAUGAAAACACUCAAUUGCACUUAAACCUUGCACAUGCCAUACUUUGAGGUUAGUCUCAAUCUUGAACUUUCAUAUCAAAUUAAUUUUGAAUGUUUUUGUUUUCCUAAGAGAUAAUGGCAUGGUUUUCAUAUAUAAUAUAUACUUUGGACAGAUUGAGUUUUAAAAAUGCAAUUAUUUUUCUCUUCAUGCCUCUUGUAAUGUUCAGAACAAACUUGAAUGUUGAAAGAGAAUAAAACAGAUCACAGUA